UUUUAAUAAUAAUUAAAUAACUAUUCAAAAUUCAUUUUUUCAUAAACGACACUCGCACUAUCUGCUCAAACGAUUAAAACUCACAACAAAAGUCCAUAAAUAUGCAUUGUAAAUUAAACGUCGAACAUGUAAUAUUCAUAAUAAAAAUCCUAUAAAUCACAAUAUAUUAACAUUCAACAUAAACACACAUUCUUGAAUUUCAUAGUUUUAGGAUGAAUGUAUCACUAGUAGCACAGAUUCAUAUGCCAAAUUAAGGUUAGAACACAAAAAUCGGCUCUGUAGGUGUAGUUGCACAUUGUUUAUGAUUAUCUAUUAGAAACUGAAGAUAUUCUAAUGGAUAGAACGAAAUCAUAAUUAUAGAAAAGUAUGUAACUACAAAUACUAGAGUUCGGUGAGAAAGAAUCACACAGUGUAGAUUGCAAACGUUUCACGAUGUACUGCACUCAGUGCUCUACAAGAAGGAGAAGAGACGACAGGUGACUGGUGCCUGCGCCAUGCGCAUUGCUCGCUCGACCUCGGCAACACUCGAGCACGCUCGUCAUUGCUCGGGCGCCUCCGGCGGCGAAUGGUGGGGCGAGCAGUGUAUCCGUGACGUCACAUAAUUAGAGUAAAUACAAAGUAGUCUUGAUGGGACAGCGGCGUGCGCCGCACCGUGAGUCGCUGGUCCGCGCGCGUCAAACCUAUAUCGUUUCGAUACACGCACACCGCGUUUGUGUAGCUCGUGAUAUAUUGCGCUAUGUGCCGUCAGUGUGUGUGUACCAAAGGAUCCUAGAUGACUGUGGGAAUAGUAAGUGACACUCGUGCAGCAAAGAAAUGGAAAAGAUAGAGUUAUUGGGCGGUGCUUGCUUUAGCCACGGCCCGUACACGUUCUACAAAGCGGUUAGAAUAGGAAAUGGUCGUGUACUUCGUCUUGGAAGCUUCUUCCUCACGAAAUUGUGGAGUGAUGCCGAUCUUGUCAGCAUCGGGGAACUUCAGCUGUUGUGGAUGGACAGCCGGGGACCGAAUCAACCUCUGGCAUCGUUGCGGUUGUACUUCUUGCCGGAGAACACCCCGGAUGGCCGAAGGGACACGCAUGGAGAGCAUGGUUCGCAUGGUUGCCGAGGAUCUCGGGGUUAGGGAGGAAUCGGGGACGACAGGGGUGGACCAGGGGUGCCAAAUGGAAGCUAUAGCGGAGCAUAGAGCUACUCUGUAUGGGUAAGUGGAGAGAGCCAGUGUUAUUGGUUUUUGUUGCGCAUGCCUACUGCCGGCGCCAAUCUGGCGAAUUAUUAGCCAAGUUUAACUGGCCAGAGGUGAGAUAGAUUAUGACAGAAGUUGGUAAUUUAAUGGCCUCACUCCUCUCUCGCGUAUUAAUCGAUUAAUAUUUCUCUCUUUUUUUUUUUUUCUUUUUCUUUUCGAUCUAAUCAAAAUUAUUGAUUUUAAAAAUCAAUUCAAUUCUUCCUCUUGUGUAAUUCGUUUCUUUUUUUUUUUUUUUUUUUUUUUUGAUUUUUAGUCACCGAAAUUUAUCGGAUAUUUUAUUAGCACGAUCGUUGAUCGGUUUUUAUUCGAGACACCGGAAAAUUAUGAGUGUUCUUUUUUCAAAAAUAAUAUGAAUAAAUGAAAUAAUAUUGAAAAUAUAUGUAUUUGAGACCUUUUCAGGUAGAAUACAUUUUGUUAUAAAUUGUUGAAUUUUUAUGAAUACGUAAUACAUAAUAUAAUAUAUUUGAAAAUAUAAAUUUUUCCGUUUACACACAGUUUUCUUUGAUUAAAUAUUUUAUUAUAUUUAUUAUUUAUUAUAUUUCUCAAUGGAAAUUUUAAUAUUUAUGAUACUAAUAAAUAUAAUAAUAAUAUAUAGAAAAGAAGAGAAGAAUACAAAGUAGUAAAAAUUUUGUUUCCUUCGAAGUUUUCAAUUACUUUUAUUGAAUUCUUUUUUAUUUUUCAUUUUCUGCUGCCUUCUGACGAGAUAUGAGAAAAAUUGACGAAUAAGCAAUCGAUCAUCGAUUCUUAGGUCUUACAUACCAUUUUAUUGCUUUCUGUCUACUCCCUCGAUGGCACAAAACGAAUUUUGAUGUGUAAUCACGAGAAACGAUCCGAGAGUUCGUAAAAAGGAACAUAAGAGAUUUAUGAACUUAAGAUUUCUGUUCUUAUUCGGCCAUACUCUUUUAUUCAAGAAAAGAA